AUGUAUCGGGACUUUCGAGAGUUGUGGACAGAUGAGUUGUGUGGCUGGGAUUUUGGGCGCUCCUCCAUCAGCGUCUACGAGUCGAAGGCAGACCUGUACCACUGGCAGCGCUGGGAGAAGCCGUACGUCGUGGUCUGGCUCCAUGGAAUGCACCAGGGUCCCAUCGACGCCGGAACGCUGCGAAAGCUGCAACGGAGGCUUUGGCGGCGGGUGAUCUUCCUCGUACCGACCAAUCCGGAGCCGCACAACGGAAUGCACUUCAGUUGGGGGUGCACCUUCACGAAGGCCCAGAACAAACAGGUUUCGACAGUCCCGAGUAUCCCGGCGAUGCCUGUGCACUGGCAACGGCAGCUGCAACAGGGGCAUGUUUUCAGGUCUCCAAUAGCUACGCCUUGA